AUGACAAGCCGAAAACAGGAAAAUCUCGUGAUUGAACAGCGUGGCAGACGGAAGGAUCGGGAUACAGGUGCGUUUCAGGAGAUUCAUCAAACCGCCCACUGGGAUCCGCGACAAACGGGGCUCAUUAUCUGUGACAUGUGGGAUGACCAUACGUGUAAAUUUGCUGCUCAACGUGUCGCGGAGAUGGUCCCAACGAUGAACCGAAUGGUGUCAGCAGCACGAGAGGCCGGUGUGUUCAUCAUUCAUGCACCAAGCGGCACGAUGUCGUUUUAUGAUGAAACGCCGCAACGCCGUCGCGCCAUUGAAGCACCAUUUGCCGAAUCUCCGGUGGAAAUCAAGUGGAACUAUUGGGAUCCUGAACGUGAAGGGGAACCACUGCCUUUCAUACUGAGUGGUGGGUGCGGCUGUAUCGAGCCGUGUCUUGGUUGGAUCACCGACGAUAAGGGAAGUCGACAAUGGAAGGGUGGGAGAGGUGCCUUGGACCCGACAGAUUGA